AAUAGUCGAAAAAUGGGGGUGAUGAGAGGCAAGGUGUUAGGGUUUCUGCUGCUCUUUGUUUGGAUUCAUGGAAUGCUGUCAAAUGCAAACUUAGUUCAAGGUGGAGAUGAUAUUGUAGCUGCAAGAAAAUUCAACAGCUAUAUUGUUUCUAAAGGGCAGGGUUUUCUAAAGCGCGGAGGCAAGAAUGAAGGUGGAGAAGAAGGUAUGCAUAAAACGACCGAAGAAAUUAAUGUUGUCGGCGAGAAGGUCGGGAGGAAACAAAGAAUUUUGAUGUCGGAAGAGAAUUAUCGCGCGCAAUUUGUAGCCUUUGUUGCAGAUUACAAGGGGCCUAGGCAUCACCCUCCUAAAAAUAAUUGAGCAUAUAUAUAAUGUACUAGUGAGUGUUUAAUUUUACUAUGAAUCUUGAUAUAUACAUAUAUAUAUUUGUGUUUUGAAGAUGAAAUGAUCUAUAUAGCUAGUCCAUAAUAUAUAUAUAUAUAUAAUUAUAUUUGCUAGUUUAAUGAAGACUGUUAUAUAUACAGGGCACCUCCUAUAGAUAUAUCCAGUAUUGUUGAAUGGAGUGUCCUCAGUUGUAAUUACUUGCUGUGUAUGUUCUUACAUAUAUUUCAUAUG